ACUUUUAGCUGAAUUAAUUUUAUAAUUCAUUAACUUUAAUUUAAUUUAGUUAAACAACUAUAUUAACUUACUGAACCUUGUAAAUAUUAAAGAUUGAUAUAACAAUAUUAAAAAAGGAGAUAUAUCUAUAAAAUUUGAUUUUGACAUUUCUUUGAAGUUAUUAAUAAAUAAAUACACAUGCAUAACAUGCGUGAAGGCACGCAUCAGUUGUUUUUUUAUUAAUUCAGACAUUUAAAAUUGCAUUUAAUAUAAAAUAAAAUUGCUUUCUGAUACAUCUUUUAUAAAGUAUGUAAAUUUUUGUACAAAUAAGAAUGCAGAUCAGAAGAUUUAAAGAUACUGUUAUUGAAUAUUAUAUUUCGCUCUAUAAUCUGCGAUAAUCAAUUGAAAUCCUUAUCUCUGACUACAAAAUGGUUAUUGGUGAAGUGCAAAAGUAGCAAGUAACGAUGAAUCAAGAAUACAGUACGAACUAUCUUGAAGAUCGCAUUGAGUUUAUAAUCGCUUUAAUGACAAAAGAUUACGAGAAGACUCACGACAUUGGAGAUCGAUUGUUAAAACGGAACCGCAACGACGUGUAUGUUGCCCGAGCUCUUAAUAUUCUGAAGCAUAAAAAACACAAAGAAUGCGGAAGGUCAAAUUUAAUUGAAUCUGACAGUAAAUGUAGAGGAAGUGACGUGACCGAUGGCGACGAUAUCGAUUUUAUAGGCAACGAUGCAGUUAUUUCUAUCGAUCCAUCAAAAAUGGCAAGUAAAAUUGCGUCGCGCGACACGUCUCGAUUCAAUAAUAAAGCCAAGACUCGUCUUGAUUUUAAGCGAAAUAUGUAUAGAGUAAUAUCGAUAAAUGCAAAUAAAAAAGUUUAAUAAAUAAAAGAUUUAAUGAAACAUUGAAAAUCGUUACUUGCUAAGUAUACCUAAGUAAACAAUAUGCUGCAAAGAAAAAAUUUUCUCUUAGAAUUUACCCUUAAAUAUAUUAAUUUCAGUCCAGUUGAAUGGAAAAUGGCAUUUCGAAGUAUUGUGAUUUCAAUAAAAUUUUAUCAAAGCAUUUUUUAAUAUUAAAAUUUUGUAAUUUUAGUAACAUUAUAGUAAAAUUUAAUAAAACUAUAAUUUUAUAAUAUAAAAUUUAAGCAAAACUCUUAAGAAAGACUAUGUUGAUCUCACUAAAAUGUAGUAAUACUGAAACUCGCGCGGAUGCCAUAUAAUCUUUUUGUAAGAAGUGAUCUGCGCGCGCGCGCGCGAGAGAGAGAAAGCGUAUAAGAUGGUAUUUUUAUCUUUGUUUAAGCAAUACUGCGCAUACGUAGUAAACAAGAGUAAAGAUUGUGCAGUCUCAUGAGAAGCAUAAACAGGAUGUACGUCGUACAUAAUAUCUACUACUACUCAGGGAAAUGUAAAAGGAAUUGAAAUAUGCACGAAAGUCCAAUAUCAUUUUGCGAUAUUCGCAAUAAUAACCGAGAUAUUUAAUUUUUAAAAUUAUACGAGUAAGAGCGCGUUGAGAGAAGUGUUUAAAUCGUUGUAAUAUGGCCCAUUGCAUCAAGCCUCGACUGUCAGCUGCACGUCGGAGAGGAAGGAAACGAAGCGUCAGCCUGACGCGCCCCUUUCAUUAUAAGAAAUAAGGAAAUGAAGAUAUACGUCUUUUUACUGAAAUACAUUUUAUUAAUAAAAAAAAAAAAAAAACAACUAUUUGUUAAAGUUUUUACAACAUAAAUGGAAAACAGCGUGGUAGGCAUCGUUUGGUGCACGCUCGCCGCACAGGCACAGAGGUCAUUGUUUGUCACACUCGGCGACUCUACACGUUCCCAUUUUUCUUAUCUUUUUACAGAGAGAUUAUCGUCGCGUGAAAUAAUAUUUCGCUGUGAAUGUCCCCAAUGCUUUUUAUUUCGGUCAUCGCGAAUGAAUCGGUCUUCUCGGCGUCGCGCGGGAUUUUCCACGAGACUUCCCUUCUCCCUCUUUUUCACUUCUUCUCCAGUCACUGAAGUCAAACUCGAAAUCUCGUCAAACUUCCCCGUUGCGCUUAUCGCGCGGCCGCACACUAUUAUAUUACAACUUGAUGCGUAUACCUUCCGAGUAACAAAAUAUAAAUCCACGUACGCGCGUAUAGUUAUAUUAACAUACAAGCACACAGUUUCUCUCACGUACGCACCGUAUGAGUUAAUAAAAAAGAAAAGGGGAGGGACUGAGGAGACGGAAGGGGGAGGAGUGAUGAUGUCGGGUGGUGUCGGACUGGUCCUUAACGUUCUAUUAAAUUACAAAAAAAAAAAAAGUACAACCUCGCGCACAAGUCUCUUUAAUAUAAUUGAACACGCAUCGAAUUUCACUUCGAAGGACCGGGCGGACGGGCUCUCUAUUUCUUUCUCUUUUUCUCUUUUUGCGGCUCUUUUUCUCCAGCGCGCCUCGAAUCCGCUGCCGACGCGUGCCGAAGCGACGAUCGGUGGGCAUCACAUCGAUCUGCCGAUCGUCGUUCCAGGACUCUUGCAUUAUCACUCGCCAGCUGUCGAUCGACGAAGUGCAUCUCUUGCGUCGGCGCGACGCGAGAUCUCGCGAUUCCGAUCGGUCGGGCGUCUCUCCCGGUUUUCCCUCUUUCCCACAUCCGGUCGUGCGAUCGGAACGAUCGCUGGAUCUCGCGCGCGACGCCGGCCGUACAGAAUGGUAAUGUAAUAAAUAACAAGAUCCGUCGAUCGGUCGAGGAGCAACGACGACGACAUCGCUCGAAGGAUGAGAUACCGUCGUCGUCCCGUCUGAUUACACUGAUAUCUCCCGCUUUUUUUUUUGUAUUCUACGUUGGCGUGAAAGUCAUUGUUCUACCCGGUCACUGGCCUUCGCUGUCGCUGUCGCUCUUAUCUGCAAAAUGGAUAUUUCGUAAUGUUAUUUGCUGCGCCGCACGCUCGGAAACGUUUCUGAGAUAGCGCGCUGAUGUUUCCAAUCUGCCGUUAUAUAUAUAUAGGUAUGUAAUCAAGUAGAGCGGAAAUUUGUUACGUGUUCUAAUGAUAGUAAAAAGACGUAGCAUACGUGGAAACUUAAGUUAAACUAAUAAAUAAAUAAUAGCCGAUCGUGCGCGAGGCGUGUCGCAUCCGAUCCUUGUUGUAGUAAUUUUCGGACGACGGCCGCACGUAUGAUGAGCCGGUACGUUGAUUAGUAGUAUGACUACGAGGAUAGUUGCGGGA